AUGAUUUCAACAACCGGUCAAGCAACUGCUGCUGCUUCUUCGGCUCGGGAACGCUUCAAUGUGUCGCCCUAUAUGAUUACGGACAAUGAGGAGGAUGGGACAAGUUCGAACGUGGCAUUAUCAUUUGAUGAGGAGGAUGGUGAAAAUUUCGGUCAAGGACAAAUUGAAAUUGAUUACAAAUUAAUUUGUACGGUAUCAGGGCAAUUUGAUCUUGGAAGUGUUGUAAAUUUGGAUUUGAACUCAAUAGGGAUUGAUAAAAUCAAAAACCUCAGUCGGUGUCUUCGGCUUGAAUAUCUUGAUUUGAGCAAUAAUGAAAUUGAGCUUAUUGAGGGCUUAGAGAAUUUGUCACGCCUCAAAAGGUUGAGUUUGUCGAACAAUAAGAUCAAAAAACUAGAAGGUGUUGCUAACUUGAAGAACUUGCAAACUCUCAUUUUGGAAAAUAAUCUAAUCGAAAAUUUGUCCGAUAUACAGGAGUUGCAACAUUUAACAAACCUCAGAUCAAUUAAUCUCAAAGGAAAUUCUGUUUGUGAAAAGGAAGGGUUUGAUGAAACAUUGAAGUCCUACUGUAAAAAACUGCAAUUCAUUAAUGGAGAGCAUAUCGCAUUAAGAUUUCCAACGUUAAUCUUCGAUGAAAAAGAAGAUUCCUUUGAAAUUCCAUUAUCCAAAUCAUGGACAGUAGACAACAACCAAAAUUCCAUAUUUACAUUUGAGGGAUUUCCAGAGAUUAACCCGAACGAAUCUUUCAAAACUUUAAAUGAAUUCAAGAAGGAGGAAAUUGAUUGCAAAAAAACAGUUGCAAGAGCAGACACCAUUAUACAAGAAGUUCUCAAAGCAUUGAGAUAG